AAUAAGUUUUACUUUAAGGUCAGGUGGAUUCACGGUUAAAUAUUUACAUAAAAACUUCAGUUAAUUAUAAAAAACGAGUUUUCGCCGCUAACAUAGUGAUGUCAGUGAAAACACCCGGCCAGCAGGGGGCGGAGGGAUAUCUCAGAGGCACCGGAAGUAACAGCGGCAGUUCACCGGAAGUUGGUGUAUGUUCGGUGUGCUCAGCGCGGUGUCCGUGUUUGGUUUUUCUCUUGCAGGUGUUUAAUGGUUAGAGAACGGUACCUGGACCCGACCGGACCUCGAACCCAAGCCGYCGGUUGUGUUCCGUCAUCAUGGCGGCUGGAGGCGCCGCUCCUCCGCAGCUCGGAGACGUAGAAGAAGACGCUUCACAGCUGCUGUUCCCCAAAG